CAGUCUUCAUUUGGUGUUAAUAUAGUGCACAGUGUGUGUUGUGAGUGCAAUAGAAUGACUGAAAGACAAAAUCGGAAAUAAAUUUAUUUCGGUUAAUUCAUACGUAAUUCGUUCAUAUAAAAUGUAUCAAAGAAAUACGCCACAGUAUACACAUUUGGAUAGUUCUGUUUUUCUGUAUUAAACAAAUUGCACCCACUGAAUGAAGUCAAACAGUAUAGAAUGCCACAAAUGUUUACAGUACAACUGUUCGUAUUUUGAUUUAUUACGAAGAGUGAUGACAAUAUCGUUGUUUAUAACACUGCAACUUAUGAUCAAUACAAAAUGGAUUUAUGAAUUUGAUAUGCAAUGCAUCCAAUCACUGUAUAACGCAGGGUUUUCAAUGAAAAGAUGAUUCAAAAUCUGAAUUCAAUGAAUCGACAACGAUAAAGUAGAGGUCAUGUAACUAUCUCGCAUAUCAGUGAAACUUCCAGUUCUUGUAAUGUUUAUACUGAAAAAUAAACACUCUCGAUAUGGCUUAACCCAAACUGACAAGAUAAAUUCUACUAAUGAAUAAGUUAACAUUUUUUUUGUGAUUUUUCAUUUAGCUUAAUCAACAGUGAUAAUUUUUUAUCAAGAUCAAUGUUGGAUCUGUGAUUAAAUCUCACUAUCUCGUACGCAUAUGUCUGAGAGAAUUGUUAGGGUAUCGUGAAUUGGCUACAAACGAACAAUAUAUUCAUUCAGUUUUUAGGUAUAUUAAGACAAAACUGCAGUCUAAUAAAUUGUUAAACAUCAUCAUAAUAUACAUACUGUGACUGUGUUUGUGGAGCGUUUCUUUGUGUACAUAACAAAAUAUACGUCUCAAAACAUUGUUCAUAAUAUCCGAGGACGGAGUGUUAGUGUGAAAACCGUAAAGGAAAUGAAAUUUCAUUCUGUUGCCGUCGUGUUUUCUAAUCACUCGCGUUUAUGUCAAAAGCAACGAUAGAGAAAAAAGUUAUAUUACAUUUUAACGUAUGAAUAACGUACCAUGGGUGCUUUUGUCACAUCCCGUAAAUGUUUAUAUUAAUGUGUAACACGUCCUACAGGUUAUUAAACUGUAUGAAAUUGAAAUUGAAAUAAUAGAAACUCAAGAGUGCAUAUAUAUUAAGUAUUAGGUGUAACAUUAAAUGCUUCGUUGUGAGUAAUAUAUAGCUCUGUUGUAUUACGUAUGUUGCAUAUGUUUGCUUUGGAAUUUAAAAAAGAAAAAAAAAAUAAGUUAAUACGAAGUGCUGGCUCUAUAUUUACUCGGUGUUGUAACAAUUUAAGUCUUAGUGGCAUUUUUAUAAACUUUUAAUAUAAAACAGUGCAGACUUUAAGUUAAUGGUUUUUGUUUAAGUAAACAUUCGUUUAUGGAAAAUUGGAUAUAUAUGUGUAACUGAAAAUCAGGCCAAAAACCAGCUCCAACCGAAUCGAUAACAUUGCCACAAAAUCCCUCACCACUUCCAAAGUAUCAAUGAGAAAUUCCACCAAAACGAAUUCAUCUUGAAACAGAACACUAUCACGAUACGUAGAACAAAAACCAUCUCCACAACCUUAUCACGUAUCAUAACAGACUGGAUCGUAACCCGUCAAUUGGAACAAACAGCCACGACGAAAGUUGUUGGUCAUCAGAGCUCAAUAACGUUAACAAUGACACAUCGUCAGAGGGUGAAGAUGAAAGUGAUCUCAGCAUAGCAUCGUCAUCGAUACGGAAUAGCAAUCUCAGACUCUCUCUAAGCAAAGCCAAACAUCGUUUGUCGUUUGAUAAAUGGCGAGGAGGAAAUCAUUCACAAGUGCCUACAGUCGGAAAUGCUAUGAAUUCGCCCACAGAAGUUGCAUCGCCUGAUUCACCUAGUGGAAGGCUAUCACGAUGGUUUUCCAUUAGACGUGGUUCAUCGCAUAACUACGAUGUUGGCAAGGAAGGUCGAGGUGGCAGUUUGGAGAAGGAAAUUAAACUGUCAGAUAAAGCCAGCAAAAUGAUGCCACAAUUAGUUGAGACUGAGGAAGACUGUUCAGCAUUUAAGUCUGAAUUUUUGGAUGAACAUAAAGGAAAUUUCUUAUCGAAUCGACCCAGUAGAAAUUGUUUAGUUACACCAAUGUUACCACCCACUCCUGACGGUUUAUCUCAACAACAACUCAAACGCAGGCACAUCGUUGCAGCUAUCAUUCACAGUGAAAACUCAUAUGUCGCUACCCUUCAACGUCUAGUCAAUGAUUACAAAAAGCCUCUAGAAAAUAGUACUCCUCCAAUUUUAAAUCGAGCGAAAAUAGACGUACUCUUUCACCGUCUACCAGAAAUACUCCAAUGCCAUACUUUAUUUCGCAUAGCCUUGGCCGAUUGCAUUCGUAAUUGGGACCAAGACGAACGACUGGGCGAUGUGUUCGUUGGAACGUUCAGUAAACCAAUUGUAUUAGAAAUUUACAGUGCAUUCAUCAACAAUUUUUCAUUUGCCAUGGACUUAGCAAAAAUGGAAGCGAAGCGAAAGUCAGCUUUAGCUGAUUUUUUUAAAGUAAAACAAAUUGGUGCCCACGAUCGUCUGUCGUUUUUUGGAUUGAUGGUUAAACCCGUUCAACGCUUUCCACAAUUUAUUCUAUUUCUGCAGGAUCUGCUAAAACAUAUACCUCAAAACCAUCACGAUCGGAUGUCACUUCAACUUGCACUGACUCAACUGGAAUCUCUCGCCGAAAUGCUAAACGAACGCAAACGCGAAGCUGAACAAUACCAAGCAUUUAAAGAGAUGUUAAGUCGCAUAAGUGGUGGCACAUUCAAUACUCGUUCCUUAUCGACCACGGAAAACCGAAAUCGUUACUUGUUGCGAGAGGAUAAUGUAAAUCAAAUAGAAUUUAAUCAAUCUGGUUUCAUAGUCAAAUCAAAACUGAGACGAUUGCUCUUGCUCAAUGACAAAGUCAUCUGUGUAUCCGUGGCUCCUAAGCAAUCACAUGACUUUGGUGCUUCAGAAAAACUUACAUUUAAAUGGAUAUUUCCUGUGACUGACGUUGAAAUUGUUGAUAGUAGUGCGUCGCCAUCACUGUCGAGAAUCUUAACAGCAGGUCUUCACAGAGGUGGCAGUUUGAAAUCGAAUCACAGCAAUUCCGGAGAAUCUUCAACCAUUAGUGUGAACGGUGUUGAUAAUUUAUGUAACGAAAUGAGCAAUCUGAUGCACGACUAUGAAGUUCUAUCUCGAAUCAAUGAUCUGGCUAGUUCCUUAAAAUGUUCCUACAAAGAUCUUACCACGGAUAUAACAAAACAGAUCUUAACCACCAUUCAGACGUCCAUUCAAAAGAAAGAUGAGGAAAUGAUUCAGGCCGAUUCAUGUUGCUUGCAAUUAAUUGCUAAGCAAAAGAAUGGCAAAGAGGAAACCUUCACAUUCCAAACGGAAAAUCCAUCUGUCAAAAGGGAGUGGACGACUGAACUUAGACUGGCACAGUUAGCUUUGGAUACGAAUAAUUCUCCAGCUUGGGAAGUUCCCGAACACGAACAGAGACCAUCUACGAAAAUGCCGUUAUUUGUUGAGGCUCAACCGCUGGUUAAGUCACACAUUCAAACCGAGGUACGAUGUGGCUGUUAUUAUACCACAACGAAACUGGCAGCAGGACACCGUAGAGCCCGUGAACAAAACUAUCUCUGGGUCUCCACAAUUGACGACAGUAGCAGUCAUGUGUCGAUACUUCUUCAAAAUCAACAACACGCUGGCAACUUGAAAGAGAUCCGAUCAUUUGAUCUGAUGGAAACCCUAGUCACUACUAUGGAAUUCGUAAAAUACGAAGUCGGCUUAAAAAACUUGACUGAUAGAGAUACUGUAUGGAUUGGAGCGGAAAAUGGAAGAAUUUUCAUCUAUGACGGCAACAACCCUGAGAUUGAGAGACAAAUCACAUUCUGCACAUUAUCGUCGGGAAUCACACAAAUCGUUUAUCACUUGGGAAAUGUCUUUGUGGCCAUGGCGAAUGGAACUUUGCAAAUAUUUAGACGAUCCGGUGAUGGUGAGUGGAAUUUAAAAGCAUCGCAAACUGUAACGCUUAUGGAAAACAGUCCAGUGUCACAUCUAUUACCGAUUAAAGAUAAUGUGUACGCGGCAUGUGGAAGAAAAGUUUGGGUAGUUAAUGGUUCCUCCGGCGAUAUACUUAAGCCUUUUGACGUACACCACGUUGAUGGAGAACGAAAUUUAUCAGUAAAUUUGAUGGCACAUUCCGGAAUAGGAUUGUGGGUCUCCUUGAAGUCAUCAAAUAUCAUCUGCUUAUAUCACACAGAGACAUUCAAACAUCUUCAAGACAUCAACAUUGCUUCGAAUGUUCUUCGACUAACAUCUUCUCGGGAUUCUGUCAACAACAAAUCAUCUAUUUUCGUCACUGCAUUGAUGGCUUGCAAAGGUCUGCUUUGGGUGGGAACAAAUGUCGGAAUUGUCCUUACUAUACCUCUUCCACGAUUGGAGGGUGUUCCUAUUAUGAGCGGUGGAGUGAGUAUAUCAUAUCAUGCACAUUUUGGUCCGAUUACAUGUAUGCUGCCGUUGGUACAGAGAACGUAUUAUCGAUCAACAGCCAUACCAGAAUUCCAAAUGUCUGUUAGUAUGGAUGACUCCAAGACUUCAAACAAAACGGCCCAAACUGACAAAGAAGAUAAUACAAACAGGCAGCUGCAAAAUCAAAAUUCCUUUGAUCAUUCAAUUAAAACUCGUGCUCAAUUAGAUGUAAGCCCAGUUAUGCUACGUCGUCGUCGCUUUAAAGAUUCUAAAGACGCUGGUCAUUCUAUCGAUGUUUCUCGUCUUUCGAAAACACUGCCUCGCGGCAUUGGUGGAACGAGAGUAAUAUCAUCGGAAUUUUCUGAACAAAGUGGUUGCGACGUUUACGGCCUCUAUGGCGAUUUAAUUUACGUCAAAGAAAGUUAUCCAUCGCAACAAGACACUGAGAAUUUAAUGGAUCCAUCAUACGAGAACCUACGACGUAGCGAUCCGGACCUGGCAGCUAUUCCAGCGAAAAUGAGUACAUUGGAUCGAAGACUACGAAUGAAAGUGAGCCGUCCACGGUCAUUGGAUCUUUCAAAUUGGUCGGUCGAAUCAAAAUCGUCUAGUAUGCACACAUCAUCGGGUAGCGAAGAGAGUAUGGCCCUUCGGUCUGGACAUUCAACCGGACGAAGUGUUUCACGGAAUAGCAGCAGUGCAAGUCAUAAAGCGACUAAUAUGAGUGAUUUGAUGAAUAUCAAUGAACAUGCGGCUGCGUCACCGGAACCGAAUAAUGUUUGUUCGAAUAAUUUACAUUUGAAAACGUCAACGCUUAAGAAAAAGAAGAACCUGGGCUAUAACGAUAAAGGGAAUGCUGACAACGGGCGACAAACGGUGAUUACGCUUACGGGUGGCAGAGGAUAUAUUAAUUGGAGACACGUGUGGCAUAAUGUAGAUAAAUCUAAGACUAGUAAUAAUCGCGUUCUAACCAAAGUACCAAAUGCGAACGACGCACAUUUUAUAAUUUGGGAGAAAAAAGUUUGAAUUGUGCCUUAUCACUUUGUACAUUAAUAAUUUAGAAAAUAU